UGUGUCAAUAAAUCGCCACCACCAACAACAACAACAAUAAAAAAAUAAAUCACACACCCUGUGAAAAAAAGUGAACAAAUUGUUAGUAAGAAGAAGCCAUGACUACUGACGAGAAUGGCAUACCGAUUCGAUUUGGCUGCUAUGAAAUGCUUAAAACGAUUGGCAAAGGCAAUUUUGCCGUUGUCAAGUUGGCUCGUCAUACAAUCAUCAAUUUACAGGUAGCCAUUAAAGUGAUAUCACGUAAAUCAUUAACAGCGGAUCAAUUGUUAAAAUUGAAUCGUGAAAUCGAUAUUAUGAAACGUGUUGGAUCACAUAGAAAUAUUGUUCGUCUUUAUCAAGUAAUGCAAUCAGAUCGACAUGUCAUGUUGGUCACUGAAUAUUGUCAAGGUGGUGAAUUAUUCGAACAAUUAGUUACUAAAGGCCGUUUAUCGGAAUCCAAUUCUCGAUUCUAUUUUCAUCAAAUUGUCGAUGCUGUUAAAUAUCUACAUUCAAAUGGAAUUGUUCAUCGUGAUUUGAAAGCUGAAAAUCUAUUGCUUACAUCGGAUUUUAAAUGUGUUAAAUUGGCCGAUUUUGGUUUCUCAAAUUAUUAUACAAAUCAAUGUUUUCUUGCCACUUGGUGUGGUUCACCGCCAUAUGCAGCUCCAGAAUUAUUCGAGGGUAAACAAUACAAUGGACCUAAAGCCGAUAUUUGGUCAUUGGGUGUUGUACUUUAUGUCCUAGUUUGUGGUUCACUUCCAUUCGAUGGUAAUACACUGCAAUCGCUCAAAACACGUGUACUAUCGGGAAAAUUUCGUAUACCAUUCUUUAUGUCACGUGAAUGCGAACAUCUUAUUCGACAUAUGCUUGUGAUUGAUCCGGAAAAACGUUUCAAUCUUCAACAAAUCAAACAACAUCGAUGGAUGUCUCAUUCAACAAUGAAUAAUAAUAAUAUAUCGUCCGUAGUAUCGACAUCUGAAAAACUAAGUGAUAGACUGAAAAAUGUCCAUAUUGGUGAUAAUAAUAGUGGUGAUGACGACAUCAAUGCCAAUAAUCAAAAAGCCAAUGAUAAUGAUAAUGAUAAUGAUAAUGGCAAUAACAAUAACAAUAACAAUAAUGAUGAUAUCGAUAAUUCAUUAGUAGAAUGGAUUGCAUCUGAAUUAGAUAUCGAUUCCGAGACAGUGUUAUCAUCGAUAAAAAAUCGUUCAUUUGAUGAAUAUUAUGCAUUAUAUAAUCUUGUCAAUGAUUCUAGUCAUUGUUGUUCUGGAACAUUAUCAUCUGCACCACCAUCACCACCAUUGUUACCUAUUGUUCCGUCCACUAAUCAACGUAAAUCAAGUAUUACUACAGGUAUUGUUGAAAGGGAACCAACACCAACGAAUUUAGCACCAAAUGUUUCACAAAUUCGUCGUCAUACAUGUCCCGAUGCUAAUCCAUCCGAUCAUCAUGGUGAUGUUAGUGGUGGUGAUCAUUCUGGCGCAAUGAAUACAAUGAUGGUCACACCAACAUUGUUUCUAACACCACCGGUUAUGACAGCAACAACUAUGGCGCCACCAAUCUGUAAUCUUCCUUUGGCACCACCCAAUUAUCCAUUAGCAAUGGAUUUAUUGAAACCACCACCUGUAUUGUUAUUGGCUAAUAAUAAUAUGGUUCGUCGAGCAUCGGAUGGUCAAGCCAAUUAUGCACGAACCAAUACCACCACCACCACCUCUAACACCACCAAUACCAAUACGCAUUUAGAUGGACAACAACAAACAUCAUCAUCAUCUUCGUCGUCGAAACCGAUCGCUACAACACAUGCACAAACAUCGCCACCAAUUAGCUAUAUUAAACGUAAAAGGCAUUCACUUACCGAUACGAAUGAAUUGAUUUCCCGUCAACGUAGAAUGCAGCUUGCUCAAGCCAAUCUUAAUGCUGAAAGAUCACGUAGAAGAGCAUCCGAUGGAUCAACAGCUGCGGGCAUCUAUCAUCAAUAUCAUCAACAACAUCAGCAUCAACAUCAUCAACAUCAUCAUCAUCAUCAUCAACAACAACAGAUUUCGAUACCAUUCUUACAGCAUGAAUUAAGGGCCCUAUGUUUAUCAUCGCCACCAUCAUUACAUACUUCACCCAUUCAUCAUGGAACAUCAACUGCAAUGGCCAAUCAGCAACAAUCACACCAUAUAUCAUCAGCAUCAGCAAUAUCGAAUUCAUCAGCUACAUCAUCAUCACUGCCACCAUCAUCACCACCUCCUACAUUGCCUCAGAUUAGUGAAGAAAUUCAUAAAAUUGAUAUCGAUUUGGAACAACCUCAACAUCAGCUGCAGCACAAAUCAGCCAAGCUGACAACAACUACUUCACAACAAAUGCAACAACUUCCAAACAGCAGAUAUACUGCUGCUGGAUCAUCAGUACCAUUAAUUACACCACCCCAAUCAUUUAGAUCAUCACCGGUUACAUCGCCAAAUCAUGCAACAACACCAUCAAUAUCGGUAACAGAUGAACUGGGAGCAUCACAAUUUCCGAUACUUCCACCACCUAUUGAUUUUCAAUUGACCAUGACAAAUUCACAUCCAAAUUUGGAUCAAGAUUCAGAUUCGGUUACCAACGCCAAGAUAGUAACCACCGAUCUUUUAUUCAAUCGUCUACAUCGUUGGCGAAACGAUGAAACACUACAAUCACCAAUAAUUGAAUCGUCGAAAUGUAUGAUGGUCGUCGGUGCUCAUCAUCAUCAUCAAGCAAUAGCAAAUUAUCCAUCAUAUCCAAAUCUUAAGAAAAACAAUACACAAUCAAUCGAUUUAUCAUCUGAUUAUCAUCGAUCAUCAAUCGAUGGUUAUUACAAUGAUGAUGAUCAUCAUGAUCAAUGUCAAUCAUCAUCAUCAUCAACAUUAUUGCACAAUCAUUAUACCAGUGUACCAUGUGUAUUGAAUAGCAAACAAUUGACUACAACCGAUUCUGGAUCAUUAUGUAUUAAUGAUCGAAAAACAGCGGCAAAAUUAUUAAGCCAUUUUGGUCGCCGUGAUCAUGAUCAAUUAAUCGAUUGUCGUGAGAAUCAUGUAUUGAAUUAUGGCCAAACCGAAUUACAAAUUUCAUUAGAAUGGAAUCAAUUACAACAAAAAUUGAUUCUAAAACAUGUUUCUGGUGAUGCAACAAAAUAUCAAAGUCUUUGUCAUGAAUUAAUAUCCACUAUAAUCUAAACAUAUUUGAAUAUUUGAGGCAAUCAAAUCAAUAAAUUCAUUCAAUCAAUCAUCAAAUUGAUUUAUUUUGUUUGUUAUUAUUAUGUAAUUAUAUUACUUCACUCCUUUCCACACCCGCACACAUACACACACACACUUUGAAACAAAGCUUUGUGAGCUAUCAAUCAAAUUGUGACAUUUUUUUUCAUUUUUCAAAACAAAAAAAUCAAUAUUUUUUGAUAUCGUUUCAAAUCAAUAAUGAUAAUAAU